CCCGUCUACACCUGUAUUUUUUGCUGCGAUUUCUAGUGCGAAUUCUUCUUCUGAUGGAUGUGAACGAGUAGGUGAGUUAUGAAUGUUCUGAGUACAUGUUCCCUCAUCUGAACAUCCAUAACACAUCCACUCGUUCACAUCCAUCAGAAGAAGGAAAGCGAACCUGAAAUCACAGCAAAAAUUGCAAGUGCAUGCUGCAUGUAAACGGGCCUUAACGGUAUCGAAGCAGUUUAAACCUAUAUUCACACAUGAGUCAAAUUUAUAAUUGUUUUAUUUUGUUUUGUUCAGUGCAUCUUGCAGCUGUUGAGGGUCAUCUACCAUGUGUAAAAUUUCUCAUCUGUUCAGCACCAAGUAUCGAUCAAGCACUAAAUCUACGUAAUGAUCAGGUAUGUCAUGGUUAGUCUCACAAAAUACUGUAUUUCUUUGAAAUAUUAUAGAUGUGACACAUUUAAUAGCAGAGGCAAGUGCCAACCUCGAGCAAAGUGUAAUCUCAGGAUCCUGGAUCCGGAAGCAAAUUUGCCUUGCCCACAAGUUUGGAAAAUGUUUUCGUUCACAGUUUUUCACACACAUUUUAUGGGCGAAUUGGAAGGAAGAUGCAAUUAUAUUUAUUAAAAUGGCGUAAUGUGUGGUUAAACUGGGAUAAAAGAAACAUUUCCCUGCAGGUCUGGGCAAGAGUAUGUAUAUACAUAUUGUUUAUGGUGACUAACGCAGUUGAUGUCCAUAUUGGUGCGAUGUCAAACACAGAUAGUUUUGAAAGUUUUGAUGACUUCGUUCUUCAACAUUCUAUUCUUCCAAAAAAAUGUCAGAGAUUCCAGUGUUGCGUUUAAUAGAAACAGUUCAAUACACCAGCUUGCAAUGACCACGGUAUCCUAUGCCACUAUUUUUACCUGUGAGAAGAUCGAGUGGAAGAAAGCUUAUGAAAGAUAUAGCUAAUAGAUUGUUCAAAAUUUUUUGUUUAAUUCUUAUUUGUUAGUUUUGUUUGGUUCUCUAGAAGUUCUGUUUAUUUUGUUGAUGAUCUUGUCUUGGACUGUGAACUUGGUGAUCUUGUUUAUUCGUUUGGUUGUCUGUUUCUGGUUUUCAUUAAUUCUUCCGUUUUCUUCACUCUCGGUUUUGCUUUGACGACCUGAACGAUUGCCUUGAUGGUCGGGAAUAUUAUUUUCAUUACCAGUUUGUGUCCUAUCGUUUUCAAUAUCUAGUCGAUUUUUAUUAAAAAUGGAAGAUCAGAAACUGAGCUGCUUUCUCCAGUGUUGUUUAGAAGAGUAAACCGUUCCUUCUUUCCUGUAAGUCUGAACUACAGUAUGAUCUACCUUAAUAUAUUCAGGCCAAUUAUUAAAGUACAAAGCUUUAAAUGCUUUUUUUUUAAUGCUAUUAAGCUUUUAACAUACUUUAGAUUGACGUAAGAUAACAGUCCUAGAUACGUCACAAACACACAGCAUACACAGAUACAUCACACAAAUUAACAAUCUAUAACUUUCAACAAUUCCUACUAUUAGAAUUAAAGUUUUUAUAUUAGUAUAAACUGUACGUGUUCAGUUCCGUCAUCUUAGACAGUUUGUUCUUAAAAUGUGCUUUACAGAACGAUCUAAACCCACGUGCUGUGGUAGGUUUCUUUGCCACAUCUGGAAAUCUGCUCCACAAGGAAGGAGCUAGAAUGAAAAGAGCCAAGAUUUCCGAUCCAAAAAGACAGAAUUAACAGCUGGCAUUUUAUGGCAGCUUAGACCGGCCGACACUUUCACAUUAAAAGACUGAAUGAAGUCGAUUAACUUGCAAGUCAACAGCCACCUGCCGAGUAACGAUCCUAUAGGUCUAUGCUGAAUAAAGUGUUUUUAAAAAUUUAAACGUCAGCGUUGUUUCUAAAAUAAACGAUCAAUUAACAUCUAGUUUUAGCGUAAGUAUAUACUCACACCCACAAAAAUGAGUAAUUUGCUUAUAUUUAGGGCGAAAAACCGCUGGACCUAUGUCGACAGAUGCAGAAACAGGAUUGCAUAGAUUAUUUAACAGCUGUAGGUGAGUGGUUAUAUAUAGUGAUUUGAACAGAAACGGUGGAUAAUUAGAUCCCCCCGUUUUUGUAUCGUAUAAGAUAUUCCUGUUUUCCUACUCCAAUUAGGAGGUAGAUAUACCCAAGCUGAUGUUUAGUAAAUGCUGGAUAAUUAUUAAUUUUUCCAUUUCUAGAGUACGAUCUUUUGCAUCCUGAGAAAGAGGAAAGUAAGUAUAAAAUAAGUUCAUGCGUGUAUAAUAUGUAUACUAUAGUAUUGAUAAAAGUUGUAUAUCGAGUGAGUACUCAAGCUAGAUCACCUUACUUACUGUAAACGGGUUUCCGGACAAAGGAAUGUAAUAAUAAUAUCCUGGACUGACUUCUUUCAUUGGAGUAAAGGUGCAGGUACAGUAUAAUCAGUGCAAGAGUAAAGGUGCAGGUACAGUAUAAUCAGUAUUCAAAAACUAUACUGAGAGAAUAGUGACUUUAAGCAAAGUUGUUGUGUAUUGUCUGUACUAUACCGGUAUAUGAAUUUAAUACAGUUUGAGGAGGUUAAAACAAAUGCAAAAACAUUCUGCUGGACAAAUUUGUAGACUUACGGUACCACUUAAUUGUCGCGGCUUCAAAUGUUUGCAUUUUACAAGAGACACGAAAAUAUCUAGUCUUCCAUUGUAGAAAGCGCAAGGGCAACGUCUCUAACUCCUCUGAUUAUUCAUUUCUUUUCCACCUGAUCAGGAAUAUAAUUGUGCCAUCGUCAUCGCACUGCUUGCUUAAGGUCCCUAAUAUAUGAGAGAACGAAGUUAAGGCGCUCUACAGACGUUUUAACGCCACUGGUUCUGUCUCAGUUUCAAAGUAGUUGAUCGUAUUAAACUGGGCAGCCACACCUUAGUAUUACUUUCUUCCUAGACCUGGCAUUCCCUGCCCACGCUGCUGCGUACAAUGGAGAUCUGUCACAUUUAAGAAUGCUCAUUGAGACUGGCGUGGUCUCGGUGAAUGAGAGGAAUGAUAAGGGAUCCACGCCUGCACAUAAAGGUGAGAUACAGUAACUUCAUUCAUUCUCGUGUAAAACGCUAUAUCCUUAUGUUUACAUCCUAAUAUAGCAUAUAUUAAACAACAAAUUUGACGUUUUAAUCUGUGCAUCCAUGACCUCUCGCAGUCCUGACCUGCCUCAUACUUACUGAAAAUAUAUGAGUUAAGCAGUGGUGCACUAACUAGCGAUGAUCAACUCAACCCUUCUUCACCUUUGACUAAUAUACUGAAAUUUGAGAAUAUUUAAAUGUUAAAAUAUUUUAGAAACGUCGCUUUCAUGACAAAACCUGAAAAAUAACAGUAAAAUUCUUAUAGUUUUUAUUGUAACUUUUUAAUUUACCAAAAUGAGAGGUGAAAGUUUCUGGGAAAACACAGUUGAAAAUACUUGUUCGUUUGCUCAAGCAAACAAUCCUGCUGAUUGUCAUCAACGAUUUUAUUUAAAAUUCCUUUCUACAGCUGCUGGUAACGGCCAUGUCGAGGCUCUUCAAUGGUUGGUAGAAAAAGGAGCUGACUGUAAGUAUAACUAAUAUUGGGUGGUCAAUUGCCGUAUUAUAACUACAUUAUGUUAUAAUCCUCUUGCCCCAACAUGUACUCUUAUCGACUGACAUCAGUACUGACAUUUCAUAAAUGUAAACCUCAAAAUGAGUCAGUGUCACAACCUGGAAUAGACGCAUUGUAAUUUGUAUGUCUAAUGUAUUUGCUUAAGAAACGUUAUCAUACUUAUCAUAUUAAUAUAAUGCAGAGGGCCAGGGGCGUGUAUUCAUUUGUCUUAAUAACUUAGGUAUUCAACUUGAAGAGUAUACACACGCAUGUUUGUAAUUUCUUUAAGUUGGAUAUAAAUUAUAUGAAGUUUUAUAUGAUGUUUUAGUGUCAAUUGUGAAUUCGGCUGGUGAAACACCAAAAGAUGUCGCGAGACGAUUUGGUAGAUUGGCUUGUGUUAAUUUACUCGGCGGAGACACAGGUAGGUUUGUUCUCUUUCUAGCUGAUCAGAUACAGAAAUUUAGACUUUAUACCCAUGUUAUUCUUCGUGUAAGACGCCAUUUAUUUCGCUUAUCAGUGCACAUGCAGUUGUUUGCACAGAAAGUCGUGAGUAGCUAUAGUCAAUAUGAAAUAACUUGACAUACAAAUUUUUCUUAUUAUAUUGAAUUCUUUGUUGUAAAUGGCUUAAAAAACGACCCAUCUUAUGAGUUCAUUGACGAAGUAAUUUUAAAAAUAAACGUUGUCUAAGCCGAGAAAAUUAAAGUUAAAGUUUAUGUAAAUCAACAUGAAUCUGUAUCACAUAUACAGAUACGACACGCUUAUGAUUUUUCUUUGUGUUUUCUUCAUGAAUUAUUAAUGAGUUUUUUAAGUUUACUUAUAAUAAGUUGCAGAUUUGCAUGUUACGCUAUCGAGCUGGGUAACACAAGAUUUGAAUCUUUACAGCGACUGCUAUCAGGCACUUCUUAUCAGAGUUAACACUGCUGGUCAUUCACUAAGUAUUAUUGUUGGUUUAAUUAAACAGGUAAUGAAGAUUUGAUUGAUGAAGCAAGUCAAGAUCUAGAACAGAGAGAACCCCAGUCAAGUGCUGAAGCUAAAGGUACUAUAUAUAUGGAUCACCCAAAAAAAAAGCAAAGAAAAGGCGGGGUGGGGGAUUAUCUUAAGAAAAUUACAUUAAACGCAGAUACACGUUCAUGCAGAUACGAUGCAUUGCAGUACAAUUCUUGGGUUUCGAUCACGUGAUGUUUGGGCAUAAUUUGAUUCAAGUGGGGGCAAAUCAUUGAACUAUUAAGGUCAACUAAACCAACAAAGAAACAACAUGGCUGUCAACGUAUCUUAUGUAAAUUAGUUCUCCAACAAUUAUAAAAGCCAAUAAUAUAAAACAAUGCAAACAAUUUAAAAGUCAUCCUUUACCCUUGACACAUACCCUUGACCCCCAUGUGACGUCAUAUGAAACCCGAGACUUCCAUAUUUGUCGAUGAAUGAAACUGAAAUUAAAAACUAAGUAACAAGACUAACGGCAAGGAAAAGUUCCAACCAAACCAACCAAGCAAAACGAUCAGCCCAUCCCUCGUGAUAAAAUAUAAACAGUCCCUUUUCAAUACAUGUAACUGUUGUGUUGAAAGGUCGAGCAAAACGUAAAAUGGACGAACUACAGCGUCUGUUGGACACAGCAAAGAUGAAUUAUCAACAACUUGGAGGAGAAUUAGAGGAAGAUAAAAUGAAACAAGAAGAGCAAAAAGAAAGCGCAAGGUAAGUCAUCAGAAUCAUUUCCAGCUUGUAUUGUACUGUAUUGUUUUUAAUAAAUUAUUGCAAAUAUAUGUAAAAGCCUAUACUUAUAAAGGGAAUAAUACUGUAUACCAGUAACAAUGUAGAAAUUUAACCUUUUCAAAUAAAAUUUAUUCAUUUAGUAAUAAAAUAGAAUCGUUAUUUUAGUGUCUUUUUUAACUUUAUGUUUACAUGAGAAAAAUCAGCCUUCUUGCAAAGGCUGGCUUGAUAACGUUCAUAUCAUGUAAAUAAUUCAGUAUUUUGCCAAUUUUUUUGUAAAUAGCUCUUAAUAUCUUCUUUAUGGAAUUUUUUCUAUUUUUGCACACGCCCCUCGUGGAAAUCAGCUUUGGUUGACGGGGUUAGCGUGUAUAAAUAAAGUCUAUCUAUCUAUCUAUCUAUCUAUCUAUCUAUCUAUCUAUCUAUCUAUCUAUCUAUCUAUCUAUCUAUCUAUCUAUCUAUCUAUCUAUCUAUCUAUCUAUCUAUCUAUCUAUCUAUUCCGCACAUGGCCGCCAUUAGCCACACUGGAACAGUGGAACACAGGCUAGGUCUCCAUACUGUUAGGCUCAUUUAUUUUCUCACAAACUCCAAAAUUGUUUUUUGCAGAAAAUUUCCGAAUAGCAACGAACUGACAAUUGAAUAUUGUUCUAUAGCUAAAUAUUAUGAAUAAAAAAACAAACAUCAGUUCUUGUUCAUGCAGCCCUUGAAUUUGACAGCCAUAUUAUUAUGUAUCCCUAUAUAACAUUAAAACAGACAGUUUAAAAUCCAGAUAAGUAGAAUUAUAUAAUCUACAGCUGAAAACUUGCUGAAUUCGUAUAUGCUUUUCAUACAGGGUAAUUCGAGAAUUAGAGGCCCAGUUAGAAUAUGAACGAAUACGUCGUGAGGAACUCGAAGCUGAUUCAGAUAAACUUCGCUCAAAAAUUCAUUCUCUUACCUUGGAACGUGAAGAAAUGCGCAACAUGUCUUUAUCUAAGGUACGUUUCGUACAUUAUUAUGAUAUAGCCAAGAUAUUUUCUGUAAAAAUUAUCCGUUAUAUAUGGUCAGUUAUGUUUUAGACGUGAUUUUUUUUGUUUCCACAACCCUAUGUUUUUGUGAUGGUUAAUCAUUGUAAUGAAAUACAAAAAUUUAAGUAAAUAACUUUUCAAAAGAACCAGCCACGAAUAUCAUAGUCUGUCAAGAUAUAACGGUCUGGUAGCCCGGCAAACUUCAAAGUUACAAAAUAGAAGACCCUUGUUUGAUGUUGAACUGUUCCUGACCGUGCACAAAUCCUUUAUCUCAACUUCGUUAAAUAUUAUUCAUCCUGGUUGCACGUUUCAUCUCAGCUAUCCUUAUUGGACGAUUACUUCAUUAUCAACGAAAAUAUAACGAGCUCAAUCACCGUGGCCGUGCACAAAUUAACAUUUAAACUCAGACAAGUACAUAACACAAUAGCCUAUCAAUCUUCCAGACCAUCAAUCUUGACAGACUAUGCGAAUAUCGAUCACUUGUGUUCUAGGAAGUUAGUUUAUGAAAAAAAAAUAUUUUACGAAAACAAAUUUAUUUUACGUUUGUAUUCAGGGUGUUAGCCGGAAGAAAAAGAAUCGCCAUUUUAAUGAAGUUGGGAAAUUCUGUUAGCCCGACAUUCUCGUGGCCUAACGCGAGGAAUUUAAAAUCUUCGAAAUGUAACAUAAUUGUUUUGCGUACUAAAAGCAGGCAAACACAUUUUAGGUAAAUUAGGCUAGAUGACAUCCACGCGCAACACUUAUCUGCUUCCCAACUCUUCUUGAGCGAAGCCUUCAAGUUGAACAAUCGUAUACUUUUUUUCUUAAUGGUUUUUGCGGAUCUAAAUUGGGAAAUUUCUAGCAAAAUGUAAUUGGAAAAACGGCGUAUAACGCUGAAUUUUGAACUUGGUAUUUACUGUGCCAAAUUAGUAAUUAUAGUUCACUGAAUGGUGUAAUCAGAGUUUUCCCUCGUAAAGAGAAACACAACAUAGCCUCCAUUCAUGAAAUGUAUUACCUUUAGGCCCAGUUAUCACGGACUCUUGAACCUGCAGUGAAUCGACAGCGGAAGAAGAAAACGAAACCACGACCACACACGGCAUUUGCCAGCGGUCUUCAUGGCUUCUUUGAAUAAAGUGAAGCAACGAUCCACACGCGUUGACCCUAAUCUAACCCUAACCUUCGUCUAAACCUGACGACCUUUAAGCAUGCAUCUAACUGAUAUGACUUUGAACGCAUUGACAUUUGGCUACUUAUUUCAGCAUAUAGAUAUCAAGGAGUUUAAGCAAAUUAACUCGUUUUUGUCAACACGGACGCCAUAUUGCCGAGGGGGAAUCGAAUAUAAUGUUACAUCUUAUUAGGGGGGGCAGGCAGAGGAAUCGAAUAUAAUGUUACAUCUUAUUAGGGGGGGGCAGGCAGAGGAAUCGAAUAUAAUGUUACAGAGUACAGACACAGAGAUCGGCGCCUUUGAUGUCGACACAAUCGCCGCCAUGUUUAUUAGCCAGUGCGCUAAGGAGAGACAGUCACCCCUGGAAAACAUUCAAUGCCGGAAGUAUAAUUGUUUGGUAUUUGUGGAAACAUCACGUUUAUUUUGUAUUACUAGAUUUCGAUCCGUAAGUUUGCAUGGACCUUCACCAGUGACAUUGUAAUUAUUAUAGCACCAAUGACCCGGCAAUGUCAAUGAAGCCGACCGGAUUUGGAUAGAAGGCUUCGCCAAAGUCGAUGCUCAGAAAUAAACGUGUCCACAGAACAAAAACAAAACAAUUAUAUUUAUUUUUACCGUUCAAACCUACAAGGUCAAGGAUCUUAUUGUACAUUAUAACAAUUGAUAUCAAGAUAACGAAAUAUCCUUAAAAAGCAAAAUUAAACUAAUUAUUGAAAAAACAAACACAAAAUGCUUGAGAACGACUAUCUUUCUAUCUCCAAAUUACGGCAAAUAAAAAAAUUUCGAAAGUUCUUCAAAUCUUUGUUUAGCUUCAGCGUAAUUGCCUGAAUGUCUAGUAUGUCUAUACAAAGUCUUUUCUUCUGUGAUAUUUGCCCACAGGCUUAGCCAUGAAAACAGGAUAAUUUACUGCAAUGACAACGAAAUUUAAGUCCGCUUUUAAGGCAAAAAGAAUAUAAUUAUUAUGUAAAACUGUAAAUAAGUUAUACUGUACAACUUUUCUAGUUUAUUCGUUCUCGAGA